UUAACAGUUGUCGGACGAGAGGCUUAGAAAUGACAGCAGUCUGAAUUUUGUUGCAGUUUUUGUCAUCUCACCCUGUAUACCCUCUCUAGCCAUAUGGCUGAGGGUAUAAAAAACGCGGAUUGUAUCGUGAUUUCAGCUGACGGACUGUCGGACAUCGUUCAAUCGUCUUAGAACUUUAUGCUGACCCUAAAUAUAGAUACUUUAUGGACUCUACGACGAAUAUUUAGAGGUGUUACAAACGGAAUGACAAAUAUAAUAUACUCUGUUUACAAUUCAUUAAUGAGUGAUCCGGCACAGAUAGCUCCCAAGUUUUUGCAGGGUAGUUGUUUCUGCAGAAAUUCUCAAUUAAAUGAAGUUAAAAUUCACAUACAAAAUUUAAUUUCAAUCGAAUUUGGUGUACAGAUAUUAAUUAGACAUUAAAACAUUAUUAUAGAGCUGAUAUCUAUUGAAAAUAGUUGUCUUUACAUUGAUUUAAACGUGGGAUUGUAAAAAUUAAAACAGAUAUGUGUUGCGUAUGAGCGAUAAUAUAAUAGGUUUCAAUGUAAAAAUAUUUGGAAAAAUGUGUGUCUUAAAGUUUUUCAAAACUGAAACCAACAACAAUAAAAAUAAUGACGUUUAACAAAGUGAAAAAAUAAACAUUAAAACUUCAAAAAAGGUGCCGUAAAAUAUGAAUAUUUUUUUUAACUCACACCAAAAAGCUAUAAACCAAAAACAAACCGAAACAUCAUUAGUGUAGCUUCAACAACAACAACAAACCAUAAAUACUUAGCUUUAAUAGAGUGUCAACGCAAAAAUAAACCCUGGACUUGCACAAUGACCCUACAGUUGUCGCCGCAACGUAACAUCAUUAAGCCGUUCUCGCAUUCUUUGAAAGCGUUAGCAAAUAUUCACCCAGCCAUAAUAAUUUUAUUAACAAUAGCAACAACAAUACAAUGGAAAUGUUUAAACUGCAAUGCCCUAAUACUCCAGUGUCCACUGUAUCAAAUGCAUUUGCAAAAAAUUGUCGGGUUUCGACCACCUCUGGAGUAUAUGACGGAGCACAAUUUAAUCUAUAAGCCUGACAACCAUUACAAAGAUCGCCAUCGUUAUGCACGUGACGGUUAUCCGAUCAUGGAUCAGCAGACACCACCUCCAUUGCUAAACAAUAGCGUCUUACAAUUCCAAAGUACAGCGAGUUCAGAAUGUUGGCGUAUUUGCAGUAAUGAUGAUGGCUGUCUGGCCUAUGUCCAUCUUUUGGAUACCAACGAAUGUUAUGGCUACUCAUAUUUUGAAAGAAGUCAAAUGUAUAUGGCCGUGGGAAAUAAUUUACCACUUGUGGCUGAUGGUGAAGCUGUAUUCUAUGAGAAGACAUGUUUGAAAGUACCCGAUACAUGCAAACAACGUUUAUGGACCUUGACAAAAAUACCCGGAAAUAGUUUAGUGUUCCAGGGAAAGAAAACAAUAUCAACAUUGGUCACGCGACGUGAAUGCGCCGAGAGAUGUCUAUUCGAACAUGAAUUCCAGUGUUUAUCUGCAUCGUUUGCACCCUCGCACCGUAACAACCAUGAGAGAUUUCUUCAAGAAAAAACAGCUGCUGCAAAACAUCAAAAUAUUUUGGGAAGAUGUAUAUUGAGUGAUAAAGACAAGAUGAUACAACCGGAUGCAUUUCGGGCAGCACCAUACGAUGAGGAAUAUAUGGAAAAUCAAUGUUACGAACGGCCUGUGGAAAAUGAUCAAUGUUCAUAUGAACUAUAUGCGAACAGUACCUUCCUCUAUGCGGAAACGAAAAUUGCUGGUCUCAAUCAAAAAGAAUGUCAAUCUUAUUGCUCGCACGAGACUCGUUUCUAUUGCCAAGGUGUAUCGUUCUACUUCGAUGGAGAUCUGGACAAAUCUGAAUGUCUACUUCAUUCUGAGGAUAUAAUUUCAAUGGGACCACGGAGUCUAAAGCUGAGAAUGAAUUCCGUUUACAUGAGAAGGGUUAAAUGUUUGGAUGUGCAAGUCUUGUGUACACCUAAUGAAAUGUCAAUACGUUACAGUCCAAAAGAUUGGUUCCAGGGUAAAAUGUAUGUUAGCAUGCAUUCCAAGGAAUGUAUGGUCCAUGGUAAUGGCACUCAAAGCACUGUGCUCAAGCUCGCUAUUGGCAGCGAGGCUAAAGAGAAUAAAUGUGGUAUACUGCGUGCCUAUGAAGUCACCAAAGAGUAUCAAAGAAUUUUUAUUUCAACAUUGGUUGUAAUACAAAAUAAUCCAAAUGUCCAAACCCAGGGAGAUCGUUUGAUAAAGGUCGGAUGUAUUAUGAGUAAUACAACGCUGGCAGACAGGCGCUCUGAUGAUGAAGAUUCAGAAGGCACCGAAAUUAAUCUGAAUCAUGGCGAUGAAGAUGAAACCACGGAACAGGAUAAGGACGAGGACAACAUGCCAAAUGCCAUUGCCCUGGAAUCUUCAUUGGAGUUUGCCCAAAGUUUUCUUCCAAAUGAAGGUUCUCUACACUUCAAUGCCAGUGAUUUUCAUCCAAUGCCUAAAAUCACACUACAAAUAAUUGAUUUAGCCCAUGACCAUGAAACAAAUGAUGUGCAAAUCGGACAAAGUUUGGAAUUGCAAAUUGUGGCAGAAUACACCGCGCAACAGCAAAGAGAAUUUGCCCACAUUGGACUACCAGCAUUACCAGAUUUCCGGGCCACUUCAUUAAUUGCCAAAACAAUGGAUAAACAAAAUUUUGUCUUGCUACUCGAUGCACGUGGUUGUCCCACUGAUGUAACAGUUUUUCCAGGGCUCGAACGUCAACGCUUAAAUAACCGUAACAUAUUAAUGGCAAGAUUUCAUGCCUUUAAAUUUGCCGGUUCAUCAUUGGUAAAUUUUGAUGUCCGCAUACAUUUCUGUUCAAAUCGUUGUCCUGAUGAUAAUUGUCUGAGUUCAACACAAAGUGCCGGUGGCGGUUCAGCUUGGUAUCCAAUACAAUCGGAAAUGACAAAAAGUAAAAGACGAAGAAGACGGCAAAUUGUUCCACCACAGAAUAAUUUUCAGCAAUUUAAAGUUCAAAAUCCAGUUUAUAUUUCCACGGUAAUGGAUGUUGUAAACUUACCAGAAAAGGAUACAACUCCUACUACCAGUGAAAAUGAAACCACUUCGGAUUCGAUACCUUUGAAUUUUAACUUACAUGUCCGUGGACCAGACAAUACAAAUACGAACAGCUUUAUAUAUGGAGAGAGGGGUGUUUUACUAAUUGCCGGUAUUGAUGAUCAACUCCACAUGGAAAGCAUUUGCAUGAAUCAAAGUCUACUCAUUGCCCUACUCAUAUUCUGGCUAAUAUUUCAAAUUGGUCUAAUGUUUAGCUGUUGUUUUGUCAUCCAAAAGUAUAAACGUUUGGCAAUGAUGGAUGAUGAACGUCGCAAAAUUCACGAAAGCUUAGAAUACCUGGAAGGGCGUCGUGUACACUGGGCCGAUCAGGGCGGCUAUACAUUGUAAAUGGUAGAUAAAUAUACGUGUGUAGAAUAUAGUGCUUAUUAUUUUGUACAACUCCAUAUUGAUGCAAUAAUAUAUACAUUAAUAAAUUACAUGUUUUGAAAAUACA